AAAUAUUAGGAUAUCAGGCAUAAGUUGCUUAUUGUUCUUGUUUAAAAUGUAAUCGGGCACAGAAACGAAAUAGCUUCGCUUAUCAACCUGUGUCGCGUGUGGCCUGAAUCAAACAUAAUCUAGAUAAGGCAGGUGUGUCUACAUCUUUUGCUGGCCCCUUGGCAUGGAGUUAACUGCCAAACAGCCACAAACCGUUUUUAAUGAGUCAUUUGACGUGCCUGCCCCAUAUCGCCAUUCCACGUUGAUAAAACGCGCAGCAAAAGACGUUCGGAAUGCCACCCUUUUGUUGCGGGGGCCGCCGCUGUGCCAAGGAUUUGGUGGAGGAAAAUCUGAACGAAGGUGGUCGCGAAUCGCUGAGGGAGACUAUAUACACCACGACCGCUGAGUAUGAACGUCCUUUGUCCCUGAAGUUUUAUGCCCGCCACGACUGGCCCUAUUUUAAUUGCACCAGCCAAGAAGUGCGGCGCAUACGGGAGAAACUAGACCCAGUGUCCCUGCAGAACGCCCGGAAAAUUGCCAGCCUGGACAAGGGCGUGGACGAGAAGUAUGAGAUGAAGCACAACACGCCGCAGCCCAUGACUGUCAAUCAGAUGUACGGAUGGUACUCGGAUAGAGCCCACCGCUAUCUGAAACGAGACCGCGGCACUUUCGUCUUUCCCCACGAGAACGAUCCAAUGAUCGAGCAAAUUUUAAGGAACAAAAUUAAACGCUCUUAAAGUUCCCAUCGUGUUGCAGGGUUAAAUGCGUUUACUGUAAAGAUUGUAUUCAGCAAAUUGAAAUUAUUUUAGAUGGGUUUUCAAAUAUUAACAUUUUUCUGACAAAAUUAAACAGUGACCAAAUGACAUACUUA